AUGAAGAUCAACGCACAAGUAUUUAGUUCUACGGCCAAUAUGACAAAACAGCAUCGCGGAUAGUUCACCCUCGUACGCGUGUACCAGCAUUAGACAAGAUUAAAUAACAAACAUAUACGCACCCUGACAAGUACGAACGAUCGAUCAGGGGGAAGGAUGAAAUUGAUAAACGAUAAAAUUCUCGGAUUACAGAAGACCCGUUACGCUGGUGGAGGAGUGGACGAGCAACUGCCACCGCCGCCGUCGCCGCCCCAGCUGAAGGAGGCAGGCCAACUGGACGGAGUUCCUAGACCGAAUUCGGUCGAUCGUAUCCUACAUCCCGACGGUAGCCAGCACAUCCUAACUAGCCACGAAGCCGUGAACAAGGUAAUAUUUAAUAGUUUCUCCGUUGCAUGGCAAAUGUCUGCUUAUUGAAUUGUAAAUGUUGCGUAAAACGGCGGAGCAGCAGCUUAGACGUUUAUUGAAUUAAAUAUUCGCGCAUACAUAUGCCGACGCAUGCUCAGAAAGGAGUUCGAAGGUUCGCCAUCUGCUAGAGUACCGGGCAAGCGAAAUUGAAAUCGAUAGGCAAGCGUCGGCAAACGUGCUACUCUGCACUAUCUUUACCGGCUAGUUUUUAAUCGAUAAAAAGGUUUCAAUCGUCGUGCCUUAAUAUCAGUACAAUUGCUCGUGCCAUUGCACGUACUUUGAUGUUUCCUUCGAAUAAUCUGAAGUGAAAAGAAAAAAAUUAUAUUGCAAUGAAAUAUUGAAGUAUAAUGUUUAA